GGCUGAUGAUUGGACUAGAUGAUCUUAGAGGUCUUUUCCAACCUUAAAGAUUCUGUGGUUCUGUAACCUGGGCAGCUCCCCCAGAGUGCAUGGUUCCAGGCAGCACAGCCACUCCGUUACUGCUGGGCUGCCUGAGCAGGCCCACACACAGGGAUUCUUGCCUGGAGCUGCUCUCGUGGGCUCGGAGCAGGACAGUCUGUGCAUAGGUAUGCCUAGGAGACGCUGAGUGGCGUGUAGCAGCUGUACUCAUAGCGGGAGCUGAGCUGCAGCUGCAGCGUUUCCAUGUGGCUGAGCUGCACGUGGCACAUCAGUGCCUGCUUGCUGAGAAACCUCUGAUGUGACAGCACCUGGGAGACCGUCACACGCAGCGAGCUGCUGCCACAGCACCUGAGGCACGGCCACCACUGGCUGCACAGGGCUGUGGUGGGCAGAGGGAUGGGAAGCAAGCCAUGCACAGCCCUGCCUGAAUGAGAUAGCGGUGCGGGACGGUGACUGGCAGUGUGUCACCUGUCACUGGCGCCAAGGGGAACACAUGGGCCAUAGGUUUCUUGAGGAGAGGGCUCAACCCUUUGCACCUGAAUUGUGAUCUUCUGCAAAGUCAAACCUUGCCCCACUUGGGAUAUAGGGAUCUGGAUGCGCACAGGCUCUGCUUUGGGGCUUGGAUGGUGCUGUGGUGUUUGUUAGCCCUGCAAACCCCACUGCAGAGGGCAGCAGGGCUGAAAAAAAGAAUAAUGAAGAGAAACCAAGCAGCUGGGUCGUUCCCAUCUCCAUCCAACCUAUUGCCAGGCUGGGAAUGGAUUCAUGCAGUCUCAGAACCACUUCUGCCAGCAUCCCGGUACUGGCUGCGGCGGGGCUGCUCCCAGCCCGGUGCUGGAUGCAAUUGGUCCCUCCUCCGGGACUGGGGGGGGGGCUCUGGGGGAGCCCCGGGCGCCCCGCGGGAGGAGGCUGCCGCUGUCCCCGCCUCCCGCCGCCGCUCGCUGCCGCCCCGCGUUCCGCUUCGCACCGGUACCGGCAGCGGCAGCGCGGAGAGCGGCCCCGUUCAUCCCGGGGGGAGCAGCCCCAUCCCGCCGCCAGAGGCUGAGGAAGGAGAGCUGCUCCGGAAAGGUGACAUCUUCUCAAAUGGAAGUCCCUCUUCUCAGCAUUUGAAAGCAGCAGCCAUGCCACACUUCUUGGACUGGUUUGUGCCUGUGUACCUGAUGAUCUCCAUCCUCAUCCUGGUGGGCUUUGGAGCGUGCAUUUACUACUUUGAGCCUGGCCUCCAGGAAGCCCACAAGUGGCGAACGCAGAGGCCGAUCAUGGAACGAGACCUUCGGAAGACGCUGAUGAUUCGGGACAACCUGGCCUUUGGGGUGCCCGAGGUCUGAUGUGCCUACCAGGUGGACGGAAGGCCAGAGAUGGUGGGACAGCACUCAUGCUCUGCUGGCUUGGGUCUCCUGCUUGCUACUCACACUCUGGCCCUACGCUCCUCAAGUUUGUACAGCACGGCAGGCUCAGGGCUUUUCAUGAGCUCGCAGCCCAUCCUCCAGCCAAGAGUUUCUGCUUCUCCCCAGGGAUGAUGUCUCCUCUUGGAGCCAUUCACACAAAGGGUCCCAUGUUUGUCACCUGAGCUGGAGCUGCCUGGCUUCUUGGCACAACCCCAGGAAGUCUCUGCAGGGGUAACAGGUUUGGUGAAGCUCUGCCAAACAAAGGCUCAGCAAGAUCCUGAGACAACCAUACUGAAGAUGCUCUGCUUUUCUGUUGAGGUUUUGCGAUGGAGAACUUCAGAGCCUGGUGCUCACAGUCUGAUGUUUUCAGGAGCUCUACCUUUGCACUGAACAUCUUUACUGAAGAGGUUCAUCCAAGUCCUGCAUCAUACUGUGCUGCUCUGCAGCUCUCCAGACCUGUCACGUAGACCUCUCCCGAUUGCCCACCCUUCUGCUCCCUGCCUCUGCAUGAGACAGGACACAUCUCUGUGAGCUGCCUUCUUCAGUGUGGAUAGGCUCCAGCUCUGCACCACUGCCUCUUGGCCGUCACUUCAGCACAAGCUGUGAGCCAUCCCUCCACCUGCAUGUCUCUGAGAAGGGAUAAUGCACUGCCCCUCUGUCUGGUUCCUUGAACCAACACAGGUCCCAGGCACUGGGCUGGUGUGAGUGAGCAAUGUGCCCUUGAUAAUUCUCUGGGAGUAAGAGGCAAUUUUUAGCUCUGAGGGUUUUGGCUCAGGAGGGAAUGGGUCAGGACAUCCUGUAAAUAUCUGAGGUCUUUCUGGCAUGUUUCACCUUCCCAGACUGCAGUAGUACCACUGUUACCUUCCCCACCAACACCGGGCACCCUGGCAGGAGCUCUGUCUCUGUUCUGAGCCAGAGAAGCUGAGAGCCAUUCCAUUCAGACAAACACUGUGGGUCUUGACGUGAGUCCCCUGGCUGGGGAGCCUCUCUCAGCAGGGAAAUGGAGCCAGCAGGUUUAUUCAUGUGCCAAAACUUGUGCUCACUGUGCUGAGCGAAGGCUCAAAACACAGAUGCAGCCUCACACAGGUGCAUUCCAUGUUUGUUGUGCCUUGGUUGCUUGGGGCUGGGAAAAAGACUGCACUGCGUGGCACUAAGUGCCAUCCUCAGCUUUAUUGAUCACAUUCCUGCCCCAGCCCGCCGCCCAGCUCUCCCCACAGCUCACUAAGUACUACUGUCAGUAGAGUCCACAGCAGAAUAAAGGUGUGUGCAAACCAUGUGCCCACUGUAUUGUUUCCCUGCUGUUCCCCCUGGGAGCUGCCUCCAGCCAGGAGCACUUGAUUUUGUUCCUUGAGAGCCCAGCAGCUCUCCACUGGCAGCGUUUCUGUGCUGGGCAUGAGGGAGGGGUGUCUGGGAACAAUAAAGCCAAAGGCAAAUGCUGGCUGAAAGCUGAGACUGUCUCUCAGUGAGAGUUGUGC